GCGCGGCGACGGGCAGUUGUCUGCGCGAGCCGGCGGUGAGCGAUGCGCGCGGCCGACGGCGCGACGGUCUAUGCCUGAGUGGAGCCCCCGCUAACAGUGCACCAUGCCGAAGACAUUCCGUUUGCGAGAGCAGCUGACUCGCAGCUACGAUACCCUCCUCGGUGACCUCAAGAGCCGCGAUGAGGACGUGCUGCACCGCAAACAUGCGGGAGAGAACGAUGCCGACUUCGACGGCCUCGAGCCGGAGGAGGAGUUCAAGGUGCCGCUGCAGAGGGAGCAGCGGAAGCAGCAGCAGCAGCAGCGCGAGCCGCUGGACCUGGUGAAGCAGAAGCAGACGGCCAAGAAGCUCCCGUUCUUCGCGCCAGGCUCCAUCAGCUCGGCGUUCGACUGGGCCGAGUCCGUGGAGUGGUCGCCGGCCGCCCGCCAGGCGCGUCUCCAAGCCGAGACGCUCGAGGCGGUCAGCAGCCGGCUGCGCGAAGCUCGCGUCAAAGAGUCCACCAGCGAGGAGGACGAGGAACAGGUCGACGUCACCGCCCUCUCCGAAGAGGAGGAGGACCAGGAGGAAGAGGAGCGCCAGGAGGAGCCGGUCACCGAGCCGGCGACCCGCAAACAGGCGGAACAGGAGCCGGAGGAUGACGAGCCCGCCGAGCCGGCCACCGUCGCUGAUGAUGAUGAGCCGGUGGAUCUGUCGGUCGGUGCGAAUCCUCGACGAUGCUUCCCGUCGCUGGCGCCGGCGUCACGGCGUACUUCGGUUAUCGCACACACCACCACGGUGCCAAAGAAGAGGGCCUACUACCGGCGCAACCUCCUGCCCGGAGGCAAGUUCCACCUGGACUCUCCCCCGCCAUCCUCCGAGCGCCCCAAGGACCUGCGGGUGCCGCGCACCGGUCUGGCGCCCGUGCAGAACCCGCUCGGCUCGGGCAACAACCCCCUGUCGCCGACACCCGGCUCGCCGUACCGAGGUGGCGGCGGCGGCGGCCGCGGCGGGGGCGGUCCGGGCGGCCAGGGCGGGGGCGGCGGCCUCGGACCGCCCGGCUUCGGAGGCUUCUUCGGUCCUGGUGCCGGAGGAAACUUCGGCUUCGGUCUAAUGAACUGCAAGACCGAACAACAAGGCGACGGCGGCUGCCGGAGCAGGCACUCACCACGACACUUUCAACCACAUCAUACGCCACAUUUAGAGAACUUCCCCGUAGGCUACAUCGACCAACAAGUGGAGGGCUGCAAGCCGCCGCCGCAGCCGCCUCCACACUGGGCGGCACAGGCGCAGACUGGACCUCGCAUGCCUCCCGCCGGAUACGGCUUCGGCGCUGACCCGUUCGCCACGUUCAGCGAUCCCUACGAGCAGCUGGACGCUGAGCUCUUCGGCAACAGCGCAGCCGGCGAGCACAAGCCGGCCGUGUCGGCUGCCCCGCUCGGAGACGGUAACCAUGACCUGUUCGGACUGGAGCAGCUCCUGCAGCAGGGCGGCGGCAACAACGGCGGCAACGGCGACCUCUCACAGCAGACGGUGACGGACGCGCUCGGCGAGCCUGCCUCUCUGCCGGCCGCGCUGCCGGCCCUCUCCGAGCCGGUGGUCUCCUCCUGUCUGGCUGACGCCAUGUACGACGGCAAGUUCGUGGUCACCGGUCUGCCCGGCGGCCCGCAGCUGCCGGCCGUGCAGCCGACUCAGACGCCCGAGUCGUCGACGGCCGGUGGCGCGCAGAGCCGCACCUCGCCCGGUCCCAUCCGCGGCGGACGCUGCUCGCCUCGCUCACCGCGCUCGGUCUGCGGGGACAGCGCCGACGGAUCGCCCAGCCUGGACGCCCGCGUCGCCAUGCUUCAGCAGAGGCUGGGCCUUCCUGAAACUCAUACCUUCGAGUUUGUCAAUGGCGAGCACGGCAUCAAGAACCCGCACGCCAACGAGCGUGCCUUCGAAGUGGAAAAACUGCCACCCAUCAUCUGUGAGGAGGACCCGAAAACCUACAUGUGCCGGCUCUGCUCCAAGAAGUUCAACCUGCUGCGCCUUCUGAACCGGCACAUGAAGUGCCACUCGGACGUCAAACGUUACCUCUGCACCUUCUGCUGCAAGGGCUUCAACGACACCUUCGACCUGAAGCGACACACGCGCACACACACUGGCGUUCGCCCAUACCGCUGCAUGCUCUGCGAGAAGUCGUUCACCCAGCGGUGCUCCCUCGAGUCGCACUGCCUCAAAGUGCAUGGCGUGCAGCAUCAGUACAACUACAAGGAGAGACGCAACAAGGUCUACGUCUGCGAGGAGUGCGGGAGCACCUCGCUCGAGCCCGAGGCGCACUACUACCACCUCAAGGAGAGGCACCCCAACAGCCCGGCGCUGCUGAAGUUCUACGACAAGCGUCACUUCAAGUUCAACGCGAACUUUUCAUCCAUGAUGCUGCAGUCGCGAUCGUAGUGCCGACCGCGACCGCUAGGGGCGCUAGUGCGACGGUCGUCGGGUGACCGUCGCAUCGCCACCGCCAAACGCGCGCGUUAUGGGAUCUGCAUAGUUUACCCGACGUUACACCUGAGUGAGAACCGAAAACCACGAGCGCGACCUGACCUGGACGCUCACGAGGACAUAGUUAACGCGAGGCGCUGCGCGCUGGCGCUCGCUAGGUGACUGGGGGUACUUUUCGUCAUAAGAAGUGUCUAUAUGGUGCGUGGCUUCCUGGACAGAAACCACCAGUGGCCAUGACUCGUGAAACGGGUCGCCUUUGGGACGCGCGCGUGCGCACACCGCUCGCCUCUGCCGACGCUGACAGCUAAAGGGGCAUUCGUGCGCAAAUAGACUACCUGCUGAGCUGUGCGAAUUGCGAGAAUGUGUGCUCGGAUGCUGUAUUCAGUGCGGCGUGUGCGAGAGAUAGGAGGUAGUUGGUUCGCUCGUCCCGCAAUGUUCAGAGGACUAGCGAGCCGGCUCCGCCAGCCAUGGGUGAGUGGUGUGCAGACACAGUUGACCUAGGAACAACGCUGAGCGUCACGGCUCAGAGGUCGGGCCGACGUAUAUUUUUAUACCAGAUCUUUUCAUCUCGAGCCUCGUGAAUGAGGCCAUUGUUAUAUUUGGUUUUAGCGCGCCACAAUCACUUUGAAGAAACAUUUGUACCUAAGCAAUAAUGUAUGUUUUGAGUAGGUUAUUGGCAUGAACAUGAACAUCGAACCAAUUUGUUUUAUCUUGAACUUCUCUAUAAAGCAAUCAAAUGAAGCUGAUGCCAAGUGCUUUAGAACUAUUGUAAAAACCGCGUUUUCAUCGAACAUUGUUUUGAUUGCUUCAAAGAGAACUCGAUAAAAUAUACGACAAAGCAAAGUUGUGUUUAUGCCAAUGCGGAAACGAAUGAUCAAACAACCUGGGCGAUCGAACUUUUUAGUGAAUACGAGCUAAAUUUUGAUAGAACAGCUGUGUCUGCAUCACGUUCAAAAAGAAAUCACUUGCCAUUUAAUGUGUGUGAGAUACAAAUGAUACCGGAAUGUUAAGUGAUAUGAAACAAAGGGCACGGGGCAAAGUAUGUGAGCAAGCAAUGUAAGCGUGAAUAGUGAAAAGGAUGCAUGUAUAUAGACUAAAAGUAUAUAUAGAUAAAGCGUGGAACGUAUCUGAUGCCCGUCGUGAACGUCAGAUCUGAGUGACCAAUUUGAAUAAUAGAAACCGGCGGCCGAUCAUGCAGCUUCGCGCUGCUGGGUGCGCGUUAGGGUGCCGACUGCUGUGUGGGUGUGUCAUGGGUGCUGUGUGGGUGUGUCGUGGGUGCUGUGUGGGUGUGUCGCGGGUGCUGAGUGGGUGCUCGAACGUCCGUAGACUGUAUGGUCCCGUGAGCGUAUAUGAACUGCUAUAUAGUGUAGAUAGUGUGCGCCGCUGAGCGUGUGUUGCGUGAAGGGACGGAAUCGGUCUCACAUGUGUCACCUUCCGUCCAGGGAGUACCCGCUGACGGUCCACAAACGACCCGGGAACACCUCGGUAGAUACAGAUUCGACUCCAGCGGUCCAGCAUCCGGGGUAGAAUUUAAAAUGAUAUCAAACUUGUGAUGUCAUGUCAUGACAGAAAUACCAUACGUUGGCCUAGUUUUCCCUUAGAGGACCGUCUGCGAGUGCUGUGAUUCUGUAUCUACCCAGCAGCUGACUAGGGCGGGGCAGACCCCUCAUCAGCUGCUGAGAGGCCGGUCUGAGACCAGAGGCGAUGGAUUCCCGCACGACCAACGGGACCAAAUGGGACCACGCGCGCGAGAGACGCGGGAAGUGCGAGGUAGCCUGAACAUUCCCGCAUCGGGAGUCAGUUGUGAUACCAAGCCGCAAUCACGAAGGACCCGGCAACGAACUGUCUUCCGAUCCUCAAUCAUUCAGAUGCAAAACACGCCAUGUGCAUCACUUUUAGAGGCAUACCACUGCACAAUAAUGCCAACAACUUUAUUAUUUAAAAUGGGUCAGAAUUUUGCUCUAAGUGCAAAAUGCUGUUUCAUUUCAAUUGGUUUAUUGCGGCCCGUGAAAUAUGACGGGUAUUUGAAGAAAAUUCGUUCCGUCCUUCGUAAAUACGGCUUAUAUUUCGCUAAAUGCUUGGUGAGAAAACUAGUGGCGCAAACUAGGAUUGUAUACAAAGUUGUAAAAAAUGCGUGCGUCUGGGAUGGCUUGUUCCGCCUUGUUAGUGUUGACGCGACCUGUCCUGGGUCAGAUCACAACGCCUGUGCCGUUCCGGCAGAGCUGAACGAAACCGAAACUUUCUAAACGUCGUUUGUCUUGUUAAAUUUCGCUAGAAAAAUGAUCUCUUCCGCUACUGUCUUUGCCGCUGAUCUUGGCAAAGUGUACAACCGAACGUCGCCGCUGACUACUGCGCUGUAUCUUUUAAAUGUCUCGUUUCAAAUACUAUUCCGAGUCUGACCGCCCUA